UGAACGCGCAUGGCAUUAAAAACAUGAUGAAUCCGCCUUUAAAUAUAAACAAACACGUUAUAAAACAGCAUUAACUUGAACUUUAAGCUGUUAUUAUGUGAAUAUACUGAAAUAUCUGUGAGUAUUUUUUUUGUUUUGUUUUUGUUUGCUCGGAGGAAACACGAGCGGCUAAGCCCCGGACUUCCUGCUCGAUGCUCGGCUGCUGACUGGUAGAAAACACGGGGGGGGAUGAGGUCCACGGAAGAUAAUAAAACCACCCAAUGAAACCGGAAUAACUCAAAAUGAGCUGGAUUCCCUUCAAGAUCGGACAACCAAAGAAGCAGAUUGUCUCUAAAACCGUUGAAAGAGACUUCGAGCGCGAAUAUGACAAGCUCCAAAAGCUGGAGGAUCAGACGAAAAAGCUUCACAAGGACAUGAAGAAAAGCACUGAGGCUGAUUUAGCCAUGUCCAAAGCAGCAGUGAAGAUCUCCGCAGACCUGCUGGGUAACCCGCUGUGUGAGCAGGACCAGGCCUUCCUGGAGUCCAUGACUGCUUUAGAUACAGCCAUGAAAAGGAUGGACGCCUUCAACCAGGAGAAGGUCAACCAGAUUCAGAAAACCGUCAUUGACCCUCUGAAAAAGUACAGCGGCGUCUUCCCCAGCCUCAACAUGGCAGUGAAACGCCGGGAACAGGCGCUCCAGGACUACAAACGUUUGCAAUCCAAAGUGGAGAAGUAUGAAGAGAAAGAAAAAACCGGGCCCGUCAUGGUCAAACUACAUCAGGCUCGAGAGGAGCUCCGACCGGUCAGGGAAGACUUCGAGGCCAAGAACAAGCAGCUGCUGGACGAGAUGCCCAAGUUCUACCAGAGCCGCAUCGACUACUUCCAGCCCAGCUUUGAGGCUCUCAUCAGGGCGCAGGUGGUCUAUUUCACCGAAAUGUACAACAUCUUCAGCGAGUUAACAGACCAGAUCGACCAGGCGGGGUUGACUGAUGAGCAGAGGGAGAAGGAGACCGAGGCCAAGCUCAGCGAGCUGCGUGCUCUGUCCAUUGUCGCAGAUGACUGAAGGAGGAGAGCCGAAGAAACCGGGAAGGGCUCCUUUUCAUGCCUCUCAGUUCAAACGGACGGCAAAGGCCUUAACCUGAUUAUCAGCUUGUUUCCUUGCGGCCUCAUCAACCAACCAACCAACCAACCCACCCCUCUCCUCUCCUCGUUCCUCUUGCACUACACUUCCAUGUUUCAUCCUCAGACUCCAAGCAGCUGAAAUGCCACAUUAACUAAGCCAUCAGCCAAGUGCAAACAUUAUAAGCCAAUCUGUUGUUUUUUUAAAAAAAUUUUUAGUAAAGGAAUCAAACCGUUCUCGUCAGAACUAAUUAACAGGGUUACACUUCACGGUUUCAGAAACGUCUAUAAGCAUUUGUUUCUAAAGUAGGAAAAUGAGCAAGGAAAUGUUGUUAUUAGUCACAUCUGCUUUGUUUCCAACAAUCUGUGAAACUGUUUUUAUUACCCGACUUUGAAAUUACAAACACUACGGACUGAAUGUUAUUUAAUGUACCGCAGGUCAUCAGCAAGACAAUGUAUUUCUAGAUUCUGGCCUUUGGUGGUUAUCUUUUAAGUUUAGCUCUGUGCCAUGUUACAUGUGAGGGCUUUUU